CAUGGCGGCCGGGGGCGUCCGGUCGCUGCCCGCGCUGGCUGGGGACGCGGGCGGCGCCUUCCCGCCCGGGAGCUUCGCGGACCCCAAGCGGCUGUACUGCAAGAACGGGGGCUUCUUCCUGCGCAUCCACCCCGACGGCCGCGUGGACGGCGCCCGCGAGAAGAGCGACCCGCACGUCAAGCUCCAGCUGCAGGCAGAGGCGCGCGGGGUGGUGUCCAUCAAGGGCCUGUGCGCCAACCGGUACCUGGCGAUGAAGGAGGACGGGAGGCUGCUGGCAUCCAAAUGUGUUACCGAUGAGUGUUUCUUUUUUGAGCGGUUGGAAUCAAAUAACUACAACACUUACCGGUCAAGGAAAUACUCCAGCUGGUAUGUGGCGUUGAAACGAACUGGGCAGUACAAACUUGGACCCAAAACAGGACCUGGGCAGAAAGCUAUACUUUUUCUUCCAAUGUCUGCAAAGAGCUGAUUUGAACAGUAUGGUCUAAUCUCAUUCCACAUGAAGGUAUAUUUAAGAAAUUUGUUAAUGAAAAAGAACAUAUAUCCAUUAAACUUGGAUAACUGUUGGAUAACUUUUAAUAUAAUAGUAAAUAGUUAACCAUUGUCCUUCACAGUUUUUCUGCUGGCAACCAGUGAAGAUUAGCUACAGCUACAAUAUUUUUCAUAUUAUUUGUUUGAUUUU